AUGAGGUACCGCGGCGCGGACUACCUUGGAGUGCACCACACCACCACCACCGGUGUUAUUAUCACCGCUCCCAUGAGUACAUGCUACCACCGCGGGUACCAUACCAUGAGGUACGACGGGGCUGCACGUCGCGCACGUCAGGUCAGGCCGCCGUCGCGUCAGAAAGAGACGGACAGCGACGGCGGCAACUCAAACUCACAUCACGACAAAUUAAUUCAAUCGAAUAAUUUUUUUCCCUUUUUUGUUUGUGUGUUUUGCAGGUUCAAGGAUGGGCGGCCGUACCCCUGGGCGGGCGACGUGAGCAACUUCAUCUUGUACCCAGAGUCGGCCAACCAGACCGUCUACUCCAAGAUGACGGGCCCCAAGGACGGCGGCAACUACUCGUGCCUCGUCCGCAACGACAGCCACGCGUACCUGCACACCGUCGCCCUGCAAGUCAUCGAUGCGGUCAGCUACAUGGGACCGCCUCUCCCGACCUACGAACUGCCGGACGAGCAGCUCGUCCAGAUCGGCUCGACCGCCCGACUCUUCUGCGAGGCAUUUGUGGGUAGUAUCGACCUCCCCGAUGCCCAAAGUGAAAUCACGUGGAGCCGGGUGGGCAUGAACACGUCUUACUUGGAGGAGCAGAGGAGGUUCACGUUAAGGAGUGUGGCCAGGGAAAAUAAUCAGGUGCUUGGGGCGUACCUCACAAUUAGAGGAGUAAAGAAGGAGGACCUCGGUCCAUAUGAAUGCCGUGUGGUAAAUGCUGGAGACCAGGCCAUUCUUAUAAAAUUAUGGCUGCGAGAAGCAGAACCUUCUGAACCGCUGAGCACCAAUCCCAAAUGGCGACAGCUGGCUUGGGCAGCUAUCGUUGUGCUUGCUGUUGCCAUUAUCUUAACAGCUUUUCGGCAUCGUCUAGGAAUUCUUGCUCUGUUUUGCCGCCAUCGUCUUGUUCAACCAGACUUACAAGAUGGUAAGGAUUAUGAUGUCCUGGUCUCAUACCUUGAGAGGGAUAGUGGAUUCGCCUCAGAAAUGCUGACAACUCUCAAAGAGCGUUACAGUUAUACCUGCAAUGCAUUUCAAAUAUUUCCCAAUGCUGACUUUUGUGACUGUGCUCAAAAUUUGAGAGAGGCUGCCAAAAGGUCAAGAAGACUCAUGGUAAUCAUCAGACCAUCCCUGGUUGAAGCGCUAAGUGGCUCAGUGGUGAUGAACACUCUUGGUGGUUCAGCUUUACCUGAUCGGGUGACAGCUCUCCAGAAUCUUGACGAUGUUGAUUGCUGGGAUACCUCUGUGCUGGCUUCCCUCCUGCAACAACUAAUUAGACUUCAUCCACAGCCUGUCUGUGUAUCUCUCCAGGCUUUGCCCCAAGGCUAUGAAAUGAGGGACCACAACCUUGCCAGUCUCCUAAGAAUAGCCCCGGUCAUUGAAUGGAAUCAAAAGAAAUCUUUGUGGUUCAAAAAUUGGAGUCUACUUCGUCUGCGACUGCCUCCCCUGAGGACAAAGAACUCAACCCCAUCAGGAAGUGUAGCUAUUGUAUGUCCAGGAUCUCGUAAAGAAUUAGGAACAGGGAAGGUAGUGACAACAGUUGUUAGUAGCAGAUCAAGGAGGUCGUCUCCCAUGAAUGGCAGCCUAGAAAUUUUAGUGUGAUAUAUAUAUUUAUCUAUAACUGCAUUUUCAUUAGACUGUGAAACUUGUACAAAUUUGUGUAAGUUAUUUACCUACCAAAACUUUUUUGUUGUAUAUACCGUCCGUAUUAUACUAUGUAAGCAAUGUAAGUGACUGUUAAGUUUUGUUUGUUUUUUAAUCUAAAAGUGAAAAAUAUUGUAAGUGGUAUCUACUCUUUAUGUAUCAACAUUAUAAGAAUCAAGCUAGUAUGUAUUGCAGGGAAUUCCCAAGGUCAACACAUUUUUGAAAGGGAAAAAAGUUCAGCACGAAUAUUCUGUGCAAUACAUAAACCUCUCAAAGCUCCCGAUCUGUAAUCUUGUUUGUAAUCUUUAAAUUUGGAUGUUUCCAAAGAAUGUGUUUAAUGUUGUAGAGUUUGUAGCUUUUGUACAUACUGCAGGAUAUUCAUUUCAAUGUCAUGAAUUCCUGACAAAAUCAUUUCCCUACUCUUAAAAUUAUAGUUUUAUGGUUUGUUUCUUCCUUUGUUAAAGAAAUAUGUAUUACUGCCUAUCUAUGUAGCAUCACGUGUUAUGAAAUGUACAUAAUAUAUUUAUGUGUUUAAAUUUUCGUAUCCUGGACAACUGUGAUAUUUGAACUCCAGGUACCCAGUGACCUAUAAGUGGACUUUUUGAAGUCCAAAAGUGAUUUUAGGUCAUGAUCUAAUGUUUGUGUGUUCUGUACGUAAUGUUUUCCCUUACUGUUUUUAGAUACUUUGUAAACCUAAUUUAUUGUAUGUAUACGACGUUUGUUGAUUGAUAGGCACUAGAAUUUGUUAUAAUCAGUGUAAACAGAGGUUUUUCUUUAAAAGAAAAAAAAUAUCUUGUCUAUUGUAAAUAUUUAUACCAUGAGAAGUUGGUGUACAAUACAACAAAUUUUAAGAGCUA